AUAUGAAAUAAAAUUUGGAAGAAAUAGCAGCCACAAUUCCGAAUUAUAAGAUGGUUGAUGGGAAAUAUUUCAUCAAAACAACAAAACUGGGAAAAGGAAAUUUUGCAGAAACGUAUAUAUUAAAAUAUACAACAGUCAUUUGGCAACAUUAAAAGAAGAUGAGAAAAUAGUUUUUGCAUGUAAAUUAAUUGCAAAACAAAAUAUAAUUGACAAGCUGAAAAAAAGUAACAAUCCAGAGAGUCGAAAAGAGUAUAUAAUCAAUUCAUUAAAAAAAGAGGUAUAGUUUUGAGAUUUAUUUAUUAGGUUUCUUUGUGGAAGUAAAUGGAUCAUCCAAAUAUUGUUAAGUUUAUUGAUUUCUCUGAAACCCCAAAUAAUAUUUAUUUUUUUUUGGAAUACUGUAAUGGUGGAGAUUUAGAUAUGCUCAUAAAGGAUAAAGGAAAAUUGAAUGAAUAAGAAACAGUUGAUAUAUUUCUACAAAUUGCAGAAGGAUGCUCUUACUUAUAUGACAAGAGUGUUUUCCAUAGAGAUUUAAAACCUGAAAAUAUUUUGAUACAUAAUGGUACAGCUAAAUUAGCAGAUUUUGGAUUUGCUAAAGUAAUUGAAGAAGAUAAAAAAGAUAAAGCUGCUCAUGGUACUUCUGUAGGUACACCUUAUUAUAUGGCUCCAUAGAUUUUAGCAGGGGAAGAGUAAUUUAUUAAAUAGUUAUGAUUUAGUUAUUGUAUUAAAUGUGAUGUCUGGUCAUUGGGAGUGAUUCUAUAUUAAAUGUUAUUUGGAGUACUACCAUGGAAGGAUACUAAUUCUAUUAUGAUGUUGUUGAAUGCUAUAAAUAAUUAGAAAGUCCAAUUUCCAAAUACUAAUCAAGUUAGUUAAGAGAUGAAAGAAUUAAUUACAGUAUUAAUGUUUUUAUUAAUUAUUAGAAAAUGCUUUAAAAAAGAGAGGAAGAUCGUAUUAAUAUUAAGGAAGUGUGUGACAGCUUGAAAAAAAUAAAAAAGUGAUAUAAAAUAUUAAAAU